CAGCGGAGGGGGCUCGCAGCUGGCCGCCUCUCCUGCCCAGCUUCCCGAGCUCGGCCUGAGCCCCGAGCCCCGAGCUCCGAGCCCGCGGCCUCACCGUCGCAGCCACCGUGCCCAUGGAGCUGCAGAAGCCCGGCCCCGGGGCCAGAGUGGAGGAGGAACCGGGACCGUCCACAGCUCGGGAGGCGGGAGCGGACCCCGGGGAUCGCGGGGAAGAGGAGGAAGAGGAGAAAAAUGACCCUCCUUUUCAACUGAAACCUCCUCCUAAAGCUUGCAGACCUGAAAAGGAAAUCGAUUCCGAAUACGAAGAGAAGAUGAAAGCAGACCGAGCAAAAAGAUUUGAAUUUCUGCUGAAGCAGACGGAGCUUUUUGCUCAUUUCAUUCAGCCGGCGGCUCAGAAAUCACCAACAUCGCCACUGAAGGUGAAAGUGGGCCGGCCCCGAGUGAAGCGCGAUGAAAAGCAGUGCCUUCUUUCAGCUGGGGACUACCGCCACAGAAGGACUGAGCAAGAAGAAGAUGAGGAACUUUUGUCUGAGAGCCGGAAAACAUCGAAUGUUUGUGUCCGAUUCGAAGUGUCCCCUUCAUAUGUGAAAGGAGGAACUCUGAGAGAUUAUCAGGUUAGGGGCCUGAACUGGAUGAUCUCCCUUUAUGAAAAUGGAGUUAAUGGCAUUCUGGCAGAUGAAAUGGGUCUCGGAAAAACUUUACAAACAAUUGCGUUGCUUGGCUAUCUAAAACACUAUCGGAACAUUCCUGGGCCUCACAUGGUUUUGGUUCCCAAAUCAACUUUACACAACUGGAUGAAUGAAUUUAAACGCUGGGUGCCCUCUCUUCGGGCUGUUUGUCUCAUUGGGGACAAGGAUGCAAGAGAUCGCAAAGGUCACUGGCAGUGGUCCAGCCAUCACAGCUGCCAGGUUUUCAGUACUCGAGGAUGUAGUUCAUCUGGGCCGGGUGUCUUGAACUCAUCAAGGGCAGCUAAGUUUUUGUAUUUGGCUGCUUUCAUUCGUGAUGUAAUGAUGCCAGGAGAGUGGGAUGUUUGUGUCACAUCAUAUGAAAUGGUAAUUAAAGAAAAGUCUGUUUUCAAAAAGUUUAAUUGGCGGUACUUGGUCAUUGAUGAAGCUCACAGAAUCAAGAAUGAAAAGUCCAAGCUUUCUGAGAUCGUUCGGGAGUUCAAGACCACAAACCGGUUGUUACUAACUGGAACGCCAUUGCAGAAUAAUCUUCACGAGCUCUGGGCGUUACUCAAUUUCUUGCUGCCUGACGUCUUCAAUUCCGCAGAAGAUUUUGAUUCCUGGUUUGACACUAAAAAUUGUCUUGGUGAUCAAAAGCUUGUGGAAAGACUACAUGCAGUUUUAAAACCAUUUUUGUUACGGCGUAUAAAAGCUGAAGUAGAAAAGAGCCUACCUCCUAAAAAGGAAGUAAAAAUUUACCUUGGCCUAAGUAAGAUGCAAAGGGAAUGGUACACGCGGAUCCUGAUGAAAGAUAUUGAUAUUUUAAAUUCGGCUGGAAAGAUGGAUAAAAUGCGGCUGCUGAAUAUUCUCAUGCAAUUGCGAAAGUGUUGUAACCAUCCCUACCUCUUUGACGGGGCUGAACCUGGCCCACCAUAUACGACUGACACCCAUCUUGUCAAUAAUAGUGGCAAAAUGGUGGCGCUGGAUAAACUCUUGUCAAAGCUCAAAGAACAGGGGUCAAGAGUCCUCAUUUUUAGCCAGAUGACACGAUUGCUGGAUAUCCUGGAGGAUUAUUGCAUGUGGCGGGGUUAUGAGUACUGUCGGCUAGAUGGCCAGACGCCGCAUGAGGAGAGGGAGGAAGCCAUAGAUACCUUCAAUGCUCCUAACAGUACCAAAUUCAUUUUUAUGCUGAGUACAAGGGCUGGAGGUCUUGGAAUUAAUUUGGCGACUGCGGAUGUGGUUAUAUUAUAUGAUUCAGACUGGAAUCCACAGGUUGAUCUGCAAGCUAUGGAUCGAGCUCAUCGUAUUGGUCAGAAGAAGCCAGUACGGGUAUUCCGGCUUAUUACUGACAACACUGUGGAAGACAGGAUUGUAGAAAGAGCAGAGAUAAAAUUGAGGCUUGACUCCAUUGUUAUACAGCAAGGCAGGCUCAUUGAUCAACAGUCUAACAAGUUGGCAAAAGAUGAGAUGCUUCAGAUGAUACGUCAUGGAGCCACACAUGUUUUUGCUUCCAAAGAAAGUGAACUGACAGAGGAAGACAUUACAACUAUUUUAGAGAGAGGGGAAAAGAAGACUGCAGAGAUGAAUGAACGGCUGCAGAAAAUGGGAGAGAGCUCUCUUAGAAAUUUCUCCAUGGACACCGAAACAAGUUUGUACAACUUUGAAGGUGAAGAUUAUAGAGAAAAACAAAAGCUCAGCAUGAUGGAGUGGAUAGAGCCUCCUAAGCGAGAACGCAAGGCCAAUUAUGCGGUGGAUGCCUAUUUCAGGGAGGCUUUACGUGUCAGUGAGCCGAAGGUUCCAAAGGCCCCCCGACCACCAAAACAACCAAACAUCCAAGAUUUUCAAUUCUUUCCACCACGUUUAUUUGAGCUUCUGGAAAAAGAAAUUCUUUAUUAUCGGAAGACUAUAGGUUAUAAGGUGCCAAGGAAUCCUGAACUCCCCAAUUCAGCCCAGGCUCAGAAAGAGGAGCAGAAGAAGAUUGAUGAAGCCGAGCCUCACACAUCUGAGGAGACUGAGGAGAAAGAAAAACUUCUCACUCAAGGAUUCACAAACUGGAACAAACGAGAUUUUAACCAGUUUAUUAAAGCUAAUGAGAAGUAUGGGCGUGAUGAUAUAGAUAAUAUUGCCCGAGAGGUGGAGGGAAAAUCACCUGAGGAGGUCAUUGAAUAUUCAGCUGUGUUUUGGGAGCGUUGUAAUGAGCUACAAGAUAUCGAAAGAAUCAUGGCUCAAAUUGAACGAGGAGAAGCUAGAAUUCAGCGCCGGAUCAGUAUCAAGAAAGCCCUGGACGCCAAAAUUGCAAGAUACAAGGCACCAUUUCAUCAGCUGCGCAUUCAGUAUGGAACCAACAAAGGGAAGAACUACACUGAAGAGGAAGAUAGAUUCUUGAUUUGUAUGCUCCAUAAAAUGGGUUUUGACAAGGAGAAUGUGUAUGAAGAGUUACGGCAGUGUGUGCGCAAUGCUCCUCAAUUUCGUUUUGAUUGGUUUAUCAAAUCGAGAACUGCCAUG